UGGUUGAAUGAUAACGCUAAGUUACUACAAUCUGACGCGUGGAAGUGCCACUCUAUUCUCAUAAGCGUGCAGUACACGCUUUCCGCUACCGGAUCCUUCACUAUCGGGUGUUUCAUCUCUUUUGGAUCUCUCAUCAUUGUUCUUACCUUUCGCAAUUCGAAAAUAUGUCGAGGCCAAGGCGACCUACCGCCUUCGAUAUCUCGUUCCCGACUGAGGACGUCGUUCCGGGGACGACCUCUCUAAAUGAUCGGGCGAGAGAGGCUGCUCGAUUGGACUAUGACGCUUCCCGCCGUAGACCUCUACCUCAACCACGGCCUAAUGCCUCGGGCUCUGGUUCAGGAUCGGCUAGACUCUCUUCGUCGAGCACUACUACUGUUUCUGGUGCGAGGACCAGUUUGGGUCCGGAUGGAGUACAAUUGAAGAGAAAGUCCGAGGGGGAUGCCGGUAUGCAAAACGAGAAACGACCUAGGGUCGUUCAACCAAAAGCGCGAUACUUGGAACGAGACGAUGAAGAUGAGGAGCGUGCAGAUCUAAUUAUCAUAGGGGAGGACACAGAAGCGGUACCUGAGGAAUCGAACAACAAGCCUAUCCGCCUGCUGUCCGAUUUUGUCAUUUACGACCCUAAGCAUGGCAAUGAGCUUAUCUCUCUGUUGGACCUCGAGAACGGAGACGUCGAUAGGGAAUUUCAGGCUGCCGGACUUGUCGCACCUGUCUUCGUGAACGAGGAAGAUGCCGGUCAGGAAGACGAUGAAGAUGUUCCAGUACAGCGACUUCGCACCAGUGCGAUCUUCCGAUUUAGUCUUGAUUAUACACAGUUCGACGAACCUGUUUACAUCGAAACACAAUAUGCAUGGUAUAUUCUAAAGAACCCAGGCCGGGAAUACAAAUCUGUCUGGACGGAUUUCUACCGCCCUCGUCGCAUCGCACAGAUCGUCGUUUCUUCGGCAUGUGAAAACCCUGACUGGGACUACCAUAAGUUCUGCGAGAAGUCCCUUGGCGCAUAUGACGAACUCCUUGGGGAUGUACCUCAGAAGAAAGACGUCACUGCACUCAUCGAAAGCGAGGACUUUUCGUUGCGCGGGGUGAUUGACUCCCUUGACCCAGAACGACCUGAGAUUUAUCGGGUCCCUAUGAUACGCAGUCUGUUUAGGAACGUGGACACGCCCCCUUCGUCCCCUUCCAGGCCUAUUCAACGUCGACCCAAUACAUCUCGAGCACCUCCACCGCGACACCCUCUUCGUGCCAUUCGUGGUGUCGGGAAUAUCGAUAUCGCUGUCCUCCGACCUGAAAAUCAAGAACGUACACAUGUCACUCCUCUUAUUGACGAACUCGCCUCUCACCCAGUACGAUUCCGAGAACGUCUUCAAGUGAUCGGCCCGGCGCCAAAACCGAUUCCGGCGCAUAGGAAACUGGAGCUGGAGAAGCAAUUGCAUAACCGGGUUAUCCAGCUGUGGAAAGAGGACAAGGUUGAUAAGAAGAUCCAUUUCCCACCAAAUGCGAGGUUGACAGAUGAGUAUUGGAGAAGAAUUACCGUGAAUGGGGAGGUAUAUGCGAUUGGUGAUUGUAUCUUCGUACGCGCUGGUGUCGUUCUGAAUCGUCCAGCGCCUGAGUGGCCUUCCGACAUAAGCCAGAUCCACAAGACACAUACUGUAGCUGAUUUCUUUUGGCUUGCAAAGAUUAUCUCUAUCAACAAAUGGGACAAACAAAUCCAUGUUCAGUACUUUGAGCACUCUUCGAAGACACUGUUGCAGGAAAUCUCUGAUCCUCAAGAACUCUUUCUUACCAACACCUGCGCCAAUCUGGAGAUUCCCAAUAUCCUUGGAAAGGCUGUUGUUCAUACAAAUUACAUCAAGUCUAGAUCCUCUCAGGAGAUCCACAGAUUACAUUUCUUCUGCAACCUAGUCUAUAAUGAUCAGGAUGGCUCCUUUACCUCUCUAUCAAGCUUUACCACUGUGGAUCUCUCAAGCAUGGAUCCUCCAGACAACUGCCCUAACUGUGCCCUUCACCAGCAGCAUCUUUCUGAGAGACAUCCUGAAGUCAUUUCUGAUGGCCUUACCUUCCAAGGAAAUCACUACCACCUUCAUGAUUAUAUUCUCAUCAAGUCAGAACCCACUCCAUGUGUUGAAGGUGGUCAUUUGCCAGAUGUACAGUGUGACACUUGCAGGAUGAAAGCUACUCCAGCUGUAGUGGGUCUGAUCACUGAUAUCAAGUGGGCUAAGUCUACAAGAAGGCUGAAUGAUCAUUUUGUCACUGUUCGUGUUCUGGGAAGGAUAGCUGAUAUCACUGGUGUCAUGGGGUGUCCAAAGGAUAUUAUCAGAGAUGAGCAGCAUCUCUUCUUUACAGAUUUAGAGAUGGAUGUUCCUAUGGACUCCAUUGUCAAGCAGUGCAGAGUUCUUCAUGUCAACUCCUACUCCAAGUCAGCCCUGACUGCAUUUCUUGGUCUUUCACCUUAUCACUUCUAUGUUCAGUACUCCUUUCCUCAUCUGAAUAUUCAGAAAUGGAGGGAUGGAAGAAAACUGGAAGUUGAUGAAGUGUUGAUAUGUCCUAUCUGUUAUGCCCAAGAUCAGAAGUGGGAGAGAGAUAUGCAGGAGUUUAUGGCUGCACAAAGGAGAAGACCAUUGAGAGCUUUGGAUAUCUUUGCUGGAGUUGGUGCUUUCUCUUUUGCUAUGGAGGCUAUUGCUGGAGUCAAAACUACUCAUGCUGUGGAGAUCUCACCUUCAGCUGCAAAAACUCUUCAAAAGAAUUCUCCUGACACUGUUGUGUAUAAUCAAUGUGCCAACAAGGUUUUGCAAUAUGCCUACAAGAGUUUCAAGAAGCAAGAGGUAGAACCUCCUAGGACAAAAGGUGAUGAAAAACCUCUACCUGCACCUCCAAAGCCUGGAGAUAUUGACUGCAUCAUUGCUGGCUUUCCUUGUCAACCUCAUUCUGCUCUCAACAUGUAUCAGAAAGCCAAUGACAAAAAGAGUCAUCUCAUUCUCAACUUGCUCUCAUGGGUUGACUUCAUGAAGCCCAAGUAUUGUUACUUUGAGAAUGUCAGGGGCUUUCUCAAGUACAAACUCAAUGCUGUACAAGAAACAAGAUACAAGGUAGCUGGAGGAAUUGAGCUUGGUGGUCUCAAAUUUGUUGUUAGAGCUAUGCUAGCCAUGGGAUAUCAAAUCAGAAUUGCCCUUCUUCAAGCAGCUCAUUAUAGCACUCCACAAUCUAGAGUUAGAUUCUUCCUGGUGGCUGCUCAGAAUCAUCUUCAGCUGCCUGCAUUUCCAACUCCUACUCAUGAGUUUCCUCUUCAUGAUGCCUUGGAGAUCAAGCCUCCAGACAUUUUACCUCUUAGACCAAUGAUCACAGUGGAUGGAAGUGCACCCUACAAGUAUGUAACAGUGCAGGAUGCAAUUGAGGAUCUUCCUAUAUUUGACUGGAAGCAUGCAGAAGUGGAUGGACCUUGGAGAGUAAUUCAACAUCCAGAGACAGGGCUAGAGCUCACUGUUCCUGCUCAUGAUUGUAAUCCUGAAAGAUCCAAGUGUGGCAUUUCAGGAAAGGAUUUUAGAUACACCUUCAAAAGGCCUCAAACUUCUUUUCAGGAGAAAUGCAGGGCUCAAGCAACUGAUGAUAUUCAGCAUUUUACUAGAGUCUUAAAAAGUGAGGUUGUUAGAAGAGUUGUGAAGAUUCCUCUCCAAGCCAAGGCAGAUUAUAGAAAACUUCCUCAGAGUGAUUGGGAAUGGCAAUUUGCCAACCCUUCCUCUGCUGUUGCCAGAGAUGGUUUUAGACCUGGUAAGUUCUCCAGAUGUCUCUAUGGGAGGCUAGACAAGAAUGCAUGGUUUCAUACCACAGUAACCAAUGUUGAGCCCACAGCUAAGCAGAGCUGGGUGUUACAUCCAUGGUGCAAGAGGGUAGUGACUGUCAGAGAGCUUGCAAGGUCACAGGGUUUUCCAGACAGUUUUGUAUUUCAUUCAGAGAACAAUGACAUCAAGACAAUGCAUCGACAAAUAGGAAAUGCAGUGCCCUGGCCAGUUGCAGAAGCCUUAGGCCGGGAACUAAGAGAUGCUAUGUUCAAGGAUUGGCUGGAGAGUAGAGACAACGCAAUAGUCAUUGAAUAAGGUAAUGCAAACUGGUUUCUGGGUCAACAAAGUGAAUAUCCAAAGGGGUCAUAAAUGUGGGGUAACGGUGAAGACAGGUAUCGUUUGAGACAUCAAGGUAUCAUAACACAGAGAAACUGAAAGGC